AUGCCACUGGUCACGGAUUUCUUGGAAGACCUGGAUAACGCAUUCUGGGUGGUUCCCAUGACAGACCGAGCCUGUCUUAUCUCCGCUUUCGUUACGCCGUUCGGGCUGUUCGAGUGGCUACGCAUCCCAUUCGGUCUGUGCAAUGCGCCGCAAAUAUACCAACGGUUGAUAGACAACGCGCUGUAUGGCUUCUGGGAGCUGUCUCCGACGGGGAACACCUGCGACAUUUUCAGAGAUCUGAUCCAGUCUAAGCCUGGAACGAGAUCCGUUAUAAUUCGGCGGUCGUACAUUGAUGAUAUCGUGAUCGGAGACGUUCUAUGCAACAAGGGGGAACGUCUCCUUGAAUUCUGCGAGGAAUGUCCUUUAUCGAUCAGCGUGGAGAAAAGUGAAUGGAGACUGCCGAGUGGAUUACCUGUGUCAUGA